GGAAGCCGCCGCAGGCUGCGCGCGCCACUCUGCCGGGCGUCCCGAGCCGGGGCCGGGGUGUGCUGCCCGCCAGCUCCGCGUCCGUGCCCAUGGGUCUCCAUGGCGACGGCGGGGCCCCGGCAGCCGGAGCGGGGCCGCGGCGCUCCGGGGGCCUCCGCGGCAGCGUGGCCGUGUUCGCCGCCGUGGCUGCUGUGUUCACCGUCACGCUGCCCCGCUCGCUGCCGGGGGGAGACUCGGGGGAACUGAUCACAGCUGCACAUGAGCUUGGAGUCGCCCAUCCUCCCGGCUAUCCUUUGUUCACUCUGGUGGCCAGCCUGGCCAUCACACUCUUCCCGUUUGGUUCUGUUGCCUACCGCGUCAAUCUUCUCUGUGGCUUAUUUGGAGCGGUGGCUGCUUCGCUCCUUUUUUUCACAGUUUUCAGGCUUUCUGGCUCACAUGCUGGAGGAAUCCUUGCUGCGGGGGUGUUUUCAUUUUCUCGCCUAACAUGGCAGUGGUCCAUUGCAGCUGAGGUUUUCAGCUUAAACAAUCUGUUUGUGGGGCUGCUCAUGGCGCUUACUGUGUGUUUUGAGGAGGCAGCCGCCGCAAAGGAGAGAUCAAAGAUAGCAGUUGUUGGUGCUUUCUCCUGUGGCCUUAGCUUGUGUAACCAGCACACAAUCGUACUCUAUGUUUUAUGCAUAAUACCCUGGAUUCUCUUCCGACUUCUGAAAGAGAAGGAGCUGGCCGUUAGCUCUCUGUUGAGGCUGGCUCUGGCCUUCUCUGCCGGCCUGCUGCCCUAUGUCUACCUGCCUGUGUCAUCCUACCUCAAUCGCGCCCGCUGGACCUGGGGGGACCAGACGACACUGCGGGGCUUCCUGACACAUUUCCUCCGGGAGGAGUAUGGAACAUUCAGUCUGGCCAAAUCUGAAAUAGGAUCCAGUGUAUCUACAAUACUACUUUCACAAAUAAUAAACAUGAAGACCGAACUUUCAUUUAACAUCCAAGCUCUUGCAGUUUGGGCAAAUAUAUGUUUAACUAGAAAGAGCAGACGGCAGUCUUCAUUAGUGUGGCUUUUCACAGGAAUGCUUUGCAUUUAUUCCUUAUUCUUUGCUUGGAGAGCAAAUUUAGAUAUUUCAAAACCACUUUUCAUGGGUGUGGUGGAGCGAUUCUGGAUGCAGAGCAACGCGGUGGUGGCAGUUCUCGCUGGCCUCGGAUUGGCCACCCUGGUGUCCGAGACUCACCGCGUGCUGAACUGCCAUGGGACUCAGUAUCUGGAGUGGCUGUCUGCAGCUCUCUUUGUAGCUUAUCAGAUAUACUCAAAUUACAGCAUUUGUGACCAAAGAACCAAUAAUGUGAUCGAUCAGUUUGCACGAAAUCUCCUAGACUCCAUGCCUCGUGAUGCAAUCAUCUUACUCAGGGGAGACUUGCCAGGGAAUUCUCUCCGUUACUUGCAUUACUGUGAGGGGUUGAGGCCGGAUGUUUCCCUGGUGGAUCAAGAAAUGUUGACUUAUGACUGGUAUUUACCCAAGAUGGCAAGGCAUCUCCCUGGCGUGCGCUUUCCUGGGGACCGGUGGAGCCCUGUGGAAGGAGUAUUACCCAGUGGAGUGGUCACGUUCAGCCUUUAUCACUUUCUUGAGAUGAAUAAACAAAAAGAAACAUUUGUUUGCAUAGGAAUUCAUGAAGGUGACCCAACCUGGAAAAGGGCUUAUUCACUUUGGCCUUGGGGUUCUUGUGAUAAGUUAGUUCCUUCAAGGAUUGCAUUCAACCCAGAGGAGUGGAUUAAACGCACAAGAAGUAUCUAUAAUUGGACGGAGGAAUACGGAAGAUUUGAUCCAUCUUCAUGGGAAUCCGUGGCCAAUGAGGAGAUGUGGCAAGCAAGGAUGAAGACACCGUUCUUCAUCUUUAACCUGGCAGAGACCACCACGGUGCCUCCAGACGUGAAAGCACAACUCUACACUCAUGCAUAUAAACUUUAUAAGGAGAUCGUGUACUUGCAAGAGGAACACCCAGUGAAUUGGCACAAGAACUACGCCAUCGCCUGUGAGCGGAUGCUGCGCCUUCCAGGGACAGCCACAGACCCUGAAGUCCUGCUGUCUGAAACCAUCAGACAUUUCCGUCUCUACACUCAGAAAGCACAGACUGACCCCCAGCGAGCAGACAUCAUCGCUGCUCUCAAGCACCUAAGACGAGAACUGCGAAGUCUAAGAAAUAGAAAGACGGUCUGAGCCGGCGACGGUGGCUGCCCUGAUCACGUUCUGCUUCCAGAGGUGCCAAAGACCAAACGCUUUUCCUUCCAGUAAAGAAAGUGUAUAAGAAGAGUAGAAAUUUCAGUUAUCUCCUGGAACAGCAGAAAUACGUUCAUGGCUACAAUGCCUUAUGCAAAAGUGUGUUUAUCUCAUGUUGCCAAAUUAGCAUUUCCUUGAGAAGCGUUCAGAAACAUCUGCACUAAUGAACAGAAACAUCUAAGGACCGUCCAUGGUAGGUUCUAGACAUGAAGGAACUGUCUCCACAGACCUAAGACGUUUGCCCCUGAGGUCUGUGAUUAUUGGGAUUCAUUCAAAAAGAUAGUCUUAAAAUACGCAUUCCAGACCCAAGGCAUUUUCCAGUUCCUGAAAGUGAGAUGGUCUCUGAAACCAAUUCUUGUUACACCUCAUUAGAAUUCCUUUUUCUUCAGUUAACUGUGAUUGUUAGUCAGAAACUUUGUACUUUAAACCAAGUACGUGAUUUUUUUAAACUUUGAAUUUUAUUGUCUUCAUUCUGCCCUCACUGAAAAGGAAAGAUAAUUUCAUGUUUGCUUCUGUCAGCUGUAGAAACAGGCAAAUUAAAAGGCACUUAACAUGUCCUUAAUUAAUUUCAUAUUUAUGUUUUCCUUCUAUUUGGAUUCGCAGAUCUACCCAAUAAUUAGGAGGUAGCUAGCUGCCCAGAUGCACAAAGGGUAUGGGCAAGAGCGGGGGCGGGGAAGUCGCUCCGUAAAUUCAUUUCUGUUACAGGCAUCUUUUAUACAUCUUGCUAAAGGGAACCUAGUAAGAAAUGCAAAUAAUAAUAGUUCUUUAUUUUAUUAUGACAGUUAAUUAAUAGCAACCUGUUUUAAUGAAUAAAGUCACUCGGAGUCCUUCAGCACUUCCUAAGAGGAGGCCAGCAUCCGUAGGGAUUCUUCCCCGAUUGUGCGCUCCGAGACUCCAGGCACUAUAUAGGCCCUGUAUAGAAAUGCUCACUAAUGAAGAGGGAGGGCUAGAAGCUUGUCUGCAUUCAAAGAUCACUGGUGAGUCAUUCAGCAAGAAAAGGCCCCUUACCAGGAAUAGUCACAGUUCCGUGGCAUUGUACUAGCAAAAGGGGCUGAUCAAAGGUCUCCCGUGGAGCUUGCAUGGUUCCCUUUCAUACUACGACCAUAAUUAAAACCACUAAUUCUCUUUUAAAAUGCUGCAGGAUGCCAUGUAGGCAUCUGUCUGGAGUGUCCUUUGUGAUGUCAUAAGCUGUUAAGGACCAGUGCCGAGGGCUUUUGAGUGAAAUGCCAGUCCUGAAGGUGCUUCAAGACAAGGGUGCCUCUGAAAGCUUGACAGGGCCUUGACUGCACAAUUCGAGCUGAAUUUGCCCCUUGUCAGCUGCCAGUAAAUAAAUCUCAAAGGGGGAAAAGCUGAAGUUUCAUUACCUGAUCCAUGGGCCUUUGUUGGUUUUGGCAUCACACAGGGGAAGCUCUUGCUCCUCCAUUCUCUGGGUUUGAAGAUGUCCAUUGGAGCCUGCAGUGCCUGGACAGGGUUCAGAGCGGAACCUUUUGAAGAGUGUCAAUAGUUGUAACAGUUCAGCUGUUAGGAAGACAAAUACAUCGAGGAGCUCAUUAAUCCGCUUUUGGCUCUCGGUGCCUUUUGCCCUUUCAUCACAGCCUUAUUAGGCUCAUCUCGAACCAGAAGAAACCGAAUUGAAGUUGUCGAGUACUAAUUGGCAAAGACUUUUAAUCAUGGGCCAAGAACUUUCACUGACUUGAAAGUAACUUCUCCACAGGGAAGAGCCAGAAACCUGGUUCACCUUAAAACAAAGACCCGCUGGAGCUCAGUAUGGUGUGGAAGUUGAAGGAAGUGCCGAUAAAUUGUCUAAGUCUAGCCAUUCGAAAGGAAUUGUGCAAAAUUGUGUGUUCCACUUUUCGGGGAGAAGGUGACAAUAAAAUUCAAACAUUUCUUAAGAAAGUCUUCCUUGGUUCAGAAGAGAUUGCUUGAGCAUGUGUGGUCACAGAGUUUGUUUCUGAAUGUCCGGCUGCAGGUGUGACUGUCCUGAGUCCACACGUGUGUGCAGUGUUUUCAGAGCCUCACUAAGAGGAACGGUUUCUAUCAGCGUCCUUACAAUAGCAAUGAAGGCCUCUGGAGAGCACCUACCUUUUAAACAUGUGACAGCCUG